AUGCCGGCCCCCAUGAGCGUCUACUCGCACCCGGCGCACGCGGAGCAGUACCCGGGCGGCAUGGCCCGCGCCUACGGGCCCUACGCGCCGCAGCCGCAGCCCAAGGACAUGGUGAAGCCGCCCUACAGCUACAUCGCGCUCAUCACCAUGGCCAUCCAGAACGCCCCGGACAAGAAGAUCACCCUGAACGGCAUCUACCAGUUCAUCAUGGACCGCUUCCCCUUCUACCGCGACAACAAGCAGGGCUGGCAGAACAGCAUCCGCCACAACCUCUCGCUCAACGAGUGCUUCGUCAAGGUGCCGCGCGACGACAAGAAGCCCGGCAAGGGCAGCUACUGGACGCUCGACCCGGACUCGUACAACAUGUUCGAGAACGGCAGCUUCCUGCGGCGGCGGCGGCGCUUCAAGAAGAAGGACGCGCUUCGCGACAAGGAGGAGAAGGACCGGCCGCACCUCAAGGAGCCCAGCGGCCAGGAGGCCGGCCACCACCCUGCGGCCCACCAGGGCCGCCUCACCUCCUGGUACCUGAACCAGGCGAGCGGGGACCUGGGCCACCUGGCCAGCGCGGCGGCGGCGGCGGCGGCGGCGGGCUACCCGGGCCAGCAGCAGAACUUCCACUCGGUGCGGGAGAUGUUCGAGUCCCAGAGGCUCGGCUUGAACAACUCUCCGGUGAACGGGAGUAGCAGCUGUCAGAUGGCCUUCCCCUCCAGCCAGUCUCUGUACCGCACGUCCGGGGCCUUCGUCUACGACUGCAGCAAGUUUUGACACCCCCGCCCCCCUCAAAGCCGAACUGCAUCGAACCCCAGCGCAGGAACAGCCCGAAGAACCACCUGUGCAAAAUCGAAACCAGCCAAAUAAAUCCGGUUCUAAAAAUCUCGAAAAACAUUCGCCAAACCAGGGAACGGAAUCCCUCCAGAAGGUCAACGCUCCAGCACACAGAAAACUGUUUUCUUAAAAGAUUAAUUCAGAGCCACCUCCACGUUGCCUUAUCUAAAUAAACAAAACCAUAAACUGUUUCACACAGAGACAGCACAGUCAUGGUUCAUUAAAGGGCAGUGUUACUGCAGAUAACACGUAAGUUUCUUCUUGCUUUUCGGGAGCGCGCGCCCUCCCCGCCUCUCCCGCUCCCUCAGCCUUUCCCCCCUCACCUCUCACCUGUAAGAUACUAUUUUAUCCUAUGUUGAAAGGAGGGGAAAAGUCCCCAUAUAUGAAAAUCGCUUUCUUUUUAUUCAUGGACUUGUUUUUAAAUGUAAAUUUCAACAUAGUAAUUUAUUUUUAAUUUGUAGUUGGAUGUCGUGGACCAAACGCCAGAAAGUGUUUCCAAAACCUGACGUUAAAUUGCCUGAAACUUACAUUGUGCCUUUUUUUCAUUAUAAAAAGGGAAACUGUAUUAAUCUUACUCUAUCAUCUUUUCUUUCUUUUUGUUGAACAUACGCAUUGUUUGUUUAUUAAUAAAUUACCAUUCAAUUUGAAUGACACCUAUAUGCCUGGAUGCUUUAAUACAGCCUUAAUUACUAUAAGAAAAAAAGAUUUCAGAGAUUAAAACAGUAGAAAUGACCUAUUCUCCUCUUAAAUCUCUGAAAAAUGGAGAAACCCUCUAUUUCCUGUCAAAUUUCACAUAAAAGUCUCUUUUGGUUUAGAUUUUUCCCUGCAGCAUCUCCUGCAAAAUAUAGUCAGCUUGCUUUGUGGCUAGUAAAAAAACGUAUUUUCCUAAAUGGAUCUGAGUUGGCUUAUACAGAUACAUUUUCUCAGUAAUGACAGAACCUGAUUUGGAAAUCGCAUGCCCAUGAGUCAGCAGCAGUCUUUACCACAGUGAUACCUGUGUGUCCCGGGAGGUGAAUGUGCCUCCAGAGAGACACAGAUGGGUAUCUGGCUUCUGUAGCACGUAAAACAUCGGGAUGUGUAUUAUGCAUCCCUGUGAACCAAGUGUGGGAUAGAAUUUUUUUUCCCUAUUUUCUCACUCCUUUGUAAGAGGAAAAGUAAACCAGUUUAAAAUGUAUGUAUAUAACUCAUCCACCUUUACAAUCCUCCAUGUGUUAUGUAGGAUUGAUUUUAAAAAAAAAAAUGUACUGUGGGUUGGAAAGGGAAAUUUAAUCUUUGGGAAGCUAUUUUAGAAGAUGUUUGUAGAACAAUUAUUUUUUGAAAACUGUUUAAAGCAGUAAGGAAGGAGAGGAGCAGAACGCUUCAGCCCAGGGUGGCUCUUUUCAAUCCAAUUUUUCUUGCCAAUUUACAGUUAAGCCUAGGGGGCAAUCGGAUUGGCCCUCCCCCUUUGUAAAUAACCCAGGAAAUGUAAUAAAUUCAUUAUCUCAGGGUGAUCAGCCCUGUCAAUCAGACUUUAGGGAGAUGGCGAUUUGAUUACAGACUUUGGGGCCUUUCAGUGUGUUUCCGAGAUAAUACAGUUUCCUGCUAUCUGCCGCUCCUAUCUAGAGGCAACACUUAGCAGUAAUUGCUGUUGCUUGUUGUCAAAAUGUGAUCAUUGUUAAAGGAUUGCUGCAAAUAAAUACACUCUAAUUUCAGUCAAAAAA